AUGCAAGAUGACGUAAGGCGUGAGUACAAGAGACCGCACUGUCUAGCAAUCAUCGAUUUAAAGAAGGCUUUUAACUCAAUUGAGAUAGAAGCAUUGAUGGAAGCCCUUACUCAGUAUAUAAAGAUUCUUCGUGAGCUGUACAAAAAUUUCACAACCAAGAUAUCACCAUUCUACAUCGAUAUUAACAUUGACAUCAAAAGAGGGGUUAGGCAAGGCGAUACCAUCUCGUCAAAAUUAUAUACCGCCACCCUCGAGUACGUCAUGGGAACAUUGGGAUGGGACAACAGGGUGGUGAAAAUCGAUGGUCGGCAAUUAGAACACCUUGCUGAUGACGUCGUUCUUACCAUAGCAAACACUAGACGAGCGGAACGAAUGCUUGCUGACUUUGAUAACGCAUGUGAAAAGACUGGUUUUCGACUAAAUCUUACAAAAACGAUGUUAUAA